AUGGCAGAUGUGGGCUUCCAGAAUGGUUCCAUUAGAUUAGAGGAGAUCCCAGCAGCAUAUUACUCAGGUCAGACUAUAAAUGGGUCUGUAGUUUUUGAUCUUAGAGAACCUCUAAAUUUUUCUGUAAUAUACAUCCAGUAUGUUGGUGAAGCAAAUGUCCUUUGGUCAUAUACUCAAAUUGAUACUAUUCAUGGUAGAGAACGGAAGAGUGAGAUUAAAUAUCAAGGUCAUGAAGAAUAUUUUAAUUAUACUGAAACUCUGGCUGGAGGACAAGGAAUAUCUCAACUGCCACGAACACACCAUGCCUUCCCCUUCAAAUUUCAAAUACCGUUUACUGCUCCAUCGUCCUUUAAGGGCCAAAAAGGCAGUGUGACCUACAGAAUCAUUGCCACUAUGGCUUACAACGAUACGCGGAGAGAAGUGUUGGAAAAAGUGAUAACUGUUGUGGCUCCUUUGGAUUUGAAUACUGGCAAUCCUGCUUUAAAGGAACCCAUAGAUUUGGAGUUGGAAGAGUUAAAUACUUGCAACUGGUGUUGCGAAUCAGGUCCUGUGACUAUACGGAUCCGGAUACCGGUAACCGGCUAUUGUCCCGGACAGACCAUACCAAUCGCUAUUGACGUGCAAAACAAGAGCAGCGUUGAAAUAACGGAGAUGGUGUUUGAGAUCUUAACCAAAGAACUGUACCGCAGUACACAGCCACCUUCGGAGUACGUAGUUCCUGGGAGAGUGUUGGCCACCGUGAAGAGAGGCGCUAUCAUGUCCAAGACUAAGAGAAACUUCACGUGCGGUAUAGUCGUGCCGGAUAUGAUUGCACCCUAUUUGGAAAACUGCGGCAUAAUAGAUGUUGGAUAUUUUUUCCGGGCAACCAUCUCACUCUCCGGCUGUAAUGACGAGUUACAAGAGGAAUCUGAGAUAUGUCUGGGUCUCGUACCAUUGAGGGAAACCCUAAUCUCUGAGUAUAUACACCCUAUGGCCGACAGCCUACCCUCCGGCCCCAUACCCGUUAAUGACGGGUCUGUGAAUUCAAUCCCACCACGAGUACCGACUCCAGUACAUCAUGGAUCCCACCACAACAUAAACCGAAGUCAGCCUAAUUUAAGCCAAAAAGACUAUCAGCAGGAUCCACCGCCGUAUCCAGGAGGUAAUCUGCCUUAUCCCACUGAGAAUAAGUUACGAAAUUCAACCGGGGAUAUUGGUUUCCGUACUCCUCAGAGGUUAUCGAUAUCCGAUGUGCCAUAUCCGGCGCCUGCGCAAUCAAAUUCGCCUUACCCCUCAUCGAACUUGAUGCCUGGUGGAGUGCCACCUUAUCCGGUUGGAAACGUAAUGCCUGGUGGAGCUCCGUAUCCUUAUCCGGCUAGAAACUCAUCCCAUGAUGUGUCUGCACCUUAUCCGCAAGCAAACAAUAGUGGUUUGCCUACAUAUGCCCAGGCUGGGUUUGCACCGUCCGCACCACCGGCCACCGAGUGA